GAUAUCAGCUUAUCAACAAACAGGACUGUACCGCCACCACCCCAUGAAGAGACAAACCUUGCAGGAAAACUACACGUAAUAUGAAUGCCAGCUUUUUAAAGAGGGGAGAUUACAAUACAGGAAUAAAGAUGGGAGAAAGAUGGAAAAGACAACAAAAGCUGUGGCAUGUGCCACAUAUCCCUUGCAUCCAAGUCCCUCGCUCUGCCUCUGACACGCCAUUGUUGAAGGACCUAACCCCAGGGCAGCAGCGCUAUUUUUAUAGCAUCAUGAGGAUUUACAGCCCCAGGCCCCAGUGGGAGGCCCUGCAGACCCGCUACACCCACAGCCUUCAGCACCAGCAGCGGCUUGGCUAUAUUACUCAACGGGAGGCCUUGGCCUGUGCGGCUGUACUAAGAGAUUCAACCAAAAGAGCCUCAGCCAAGGCAGGUCCUCAUAGAACCGUCCCCCAGAGAGCCGCGGGCAGAACAAGAACUCAGCCCUCAGCACGACCUGUGUGUGUGAUUCCACUCAGGGCCCAAAGCACAAGGCUACCAUCCCCCAGGUCCAGGGCUGUGCACAAGCUCUGAACAGGUGGGCACCCAUGUUUCCCUGGCAUCUACAAGAACAAGCAGAAAGGUUUAAGAGCAACGGAGCUACGAGGAAGCGAGCCUACAGUGGGAAAAGGAAAGAGUGCGAUGAAUGGAGAAAGUAGCGUCCACAUAUACUACACUACCAUGUGCAAAACAGACAGCUGGUGAGAACUCGCUGUAUCACACAGGGAGCCUGGCCUGGCGUUCUG